AUGUAAUAAUAAUAAAAGAAACAAAGUUGGAUUCAACAAUUAUUCUGUGGAUGCGUUCGAGAAGAACCUCUUCAUUAGGAUUAGAAAAUACAACGUUUGUCAAGCAAAAUGGAAAUUCAGAAGCAGAAGCCGAUGAAUCUAAUUUCCAUGUAAUAAUAGUCUGAAGGGUGGUUGAAUAAGACCACAUCUCAGGAAGUGGAUUACUCAGCAGAUAUAGAAAAGGAUGUGGAUUCAGAUGAGGAUCAUGAUAAGGUUUAUAAAAGACAACUUUCAUAUUUGGAGUAAAAUUCUCAGCUUCAAAAGACAAGUUUUUCUGAUGAAUUCAAUUCAAAUAAUAUUGAAAUGAAGAUAUUGCACCGGAUAGGUGGCCUAUUGUCAAGAUAAAGCAAUAUUUAGAUAGAAAUGCAGUCACAUUUGUGGAUAAUGAAGAUAUUCAAAGAUGUGCAAUUAAUUGUUCAAGACAAGGAGUUCGAAUCUAAAUUCAAAUCUCAAUUGAUCAAUCCUGCUAUUGUUGACAUAAUGAACUAGAGAAUCAAAUCAAAUAUCAUAUUAUUGGCUCAUGAUCCAACAGGAUCUAUCUUACUUAAAUUGGCAAGUCCUAGUAGAAAGAUCUAAUACCUGUAAUAGGAUAAGACUUUCUCAAAUAUCAUAGAUAGAGGGAUUAGCAAAUCGAAAGUGAAGGUGGAUAAAGUUUUGAAAAUGGAUUUAGACUAGAAGUCAGACAUAGUCAUAGUGAAUCUAUUUUAUAUUGAUUGCAAAGAUAAUCUUAAGAACAUUAUGUAUGAGUAUCUGCAGUAUGCUCAUGACAUCAUUGUUCUUUUGUAGCCAAACAUAGAAAAUUCCAUAAUCUAUAAUUCUGCAGAGUAAGCCAUUGCAUUAUCUGAAUAAGCCAAUUAAAGUUGCAGUGUGGAACUCUAAUGUCUGACUGACAAUAAUGACAAUAUUGUAGCUAAAUUAUUGUAUUAUGGAGAUAUUACUGAAAUCACAUUGAAUGAUGAAUUAAACUUCGUUUACUCUUGUAUUGAUUCUUCAAUCAAGAAACAAUACAAUUACAAACUUAUGUUUAGAGAUUUGAGAAAUCAGAUGGGCAUGAGUAAACUCAUUAGAACUUUAAGUCAAUUUCAAAUUAUUUCGGGAAUUGGGUCAUUUUCUGAAUUUGCCACUAAUAUUAAUGGCAGCAAAGAGAAAUAUCUAUUGAUGAAUAUACCAUCCAAAGAUUACGAAAAUGAAAAUCAAGAUGGCAAACACAAAUUAAGUGAAUUGCAGUCUUCCUCCUCAUCAACCGAAUCAGAGCCUGAAGACAAUUAGGAUAAGUUUGGGUCAAGAAGUGAGUCAUUUAAUCAAUCUUAGAUGUUGGAACCUCUUUAACUCAAAUAUUCCAAUUCAUAACCCUUUAAUUAUUGAUUUAUUGCAUUGUUUAUAAUAUUCUAAAAUUACAAUUACAAUGUCCUAUU